CCACCUCUUUUUUUUCGAUGACAUGCCGUGUAUAACCUCAAUUUCUGUUCGCGUAUAAUCGUCGGAUAUCUCCCUCUCCUCAAAAUACUCACAACCCAGAGAUCUCACACCCACGACCACCACGAGGGAAAAAAAACAACAACAGAGGAGAGAGACUAGAGAGAGAGAGAGAGAGAGAGGAGCGUUGGAGUUUGGAAGCAGUUCCUGCGACCUGCGGCCGGAGCCCCGGGGCAUAUUCCUCGCCCGGAGAUCCCGUACCCGACCCUCCCCUGAUAAACAGACGCAAGCGUCAGGGAGGGAGGGAGGGACAGAGAGAGGUAGAGAGGGCCGGGGCGAAGGGGGCAAAGAUGCGUUCUUGAGGAGCCUGUGCAGGGGAGGUCCAAUCCAGAGGCCGCCAUUCCUUUUCUUUUCCCCCCAACCUCUGCAGGCUCUUCAGAUCCAGCAAUCCGGCUUGUUUCUUUUGCUGGUUGAUUUAUACUCUAUAGUGGUUCUCUACUUAGCAUCAAGUCUUGGCAUGGCAAUGGCCUCGUAGCUCGCGGCUCUCUAAUAGGAAUAAUUUUACUCAAAAUGAAGCUAUAGCGUCAUGCUAUCUUAGGUUGUUUGGACAGUUCCUUAGGAUACUGAAACUGUCUUAGAUAAUGGAGAUGAUGUUCACUCAAACAUUUCUCCCGAUAGAUAUACAAUUGUAAUUACACCAGAACUGUACUUACAAUUAAGAACAACAUCAGCUGUAACAUUAGUAGUAAGAAACAGUUCAGAUAGUGUGAAGAAGUUCAUCUGUUGGCCUGCUAUUUCAGAUACUGUGUGUGUUCCUGAAACUUCAUGGAGACUUCCAUAUCUCCACCAGGCACAUCAAAGCAGUCAGCUGUCCGCAAACCUUCUCCUGGAAGCUCUCUUAAGGAUCUGUGCCUUGUUUCCAAACAAGGGUCAAUAGCUGAAGUAGAAUCUGCUUUGGCCUUGUUGAAAAAAAGUGGUGGGAACAUUGAUGGUAGAAAUGCAUUUGGUCUUAGUGCCCUCCACCUUGCAACAUGGAGAAAUCAUCUACCCAUUGUGAGGCGACUCCUAGAUGCUGGCGCUGAUCCAGAUGCAAGGGAUGGAGAAUCUGGCUGGAGUAGCCUGCAUAGAGCACUUCAUUUUGGUCACCUAUGUAUUGCUGGUGUUCUUUUACAGUUUGGUGCUUCCCUCGCUUUGGAGGACACUAAGGGCCGUACACCUGUUGACCUUAUCUCCUGUCCAGUAUCACAGGCCAAUGGAGAUUUUCCAGAUGCAGGUAGCUUUCUUCUGCCCCAGGAAACGGUUCUCUUAUAUUGCGCUCUUGGCAAUUUGGCUUGCUUUAUGGAAGUUUUUUUUUUCAUUUUAGUUGCAACGGAAGUCUUCAGUUGGGGAAGUGGGACAAAUUAUCAGCUGGGAACUGGCAACGCCCACAUACAAAAACUACCAUGCAAAGUAGAAGCUUUGCAUGGAUCAUAUAUCAAAACAGUUGCUGCAUCAAAGUUUCACAGUGUAGCAGUUAGUUCUAAUGGUGAACUAUACACAUGGGGAUUUGGUCGAGGUGGUCGUCUUGGUCAUCCAGAUAUUCACAGUGGACAGACAACUGCUGUGAUUACCCCUCGCCAGGUGACAGUAGGAUUAGGCCGUAAACGAGUUAAUGCUGUGGCUGCAGCCAAACAUCAUACUGUGAUUGCUACAGAGCUGGGGGAAUUGUUUACCUGGGGAUCAAAUAGAGAGGGUCAGCUUGGGUACCCUUCUGUUGAUACCCAACCAACACCAAGGCGUGUUGGUUCGCUCAAGCAAAGGAUAAUUUCAGUAGCUGCUGCAAACAAGCACUCCGCUGCAGUUGCUGAUACUGGCGAAGUAUUCACCUGGGGUUGCAAUAAGGAGGGCCAACUAGGAUAUGGCACUUCAAACUCAGCAUCAAACUGUAUCCCAAGAAUGGUGGAGUACUUGAAAGGAAAAGUACUUAGAGGUGUUUCUGCAGCAAAGUAUCAUACAAUAGUGUUAGGAGCUGAUGGAGAGGUGUUCACUUGGGGCCAUCGCCUUGUCACCCCACGGCGUGUCGUAGUAGCUCGAUGCCUUAAGAAGGGUGGAAAUACAAAUCUGAAGUUUCAUCGUAUGGAACGACUUCAAGUGAUUUCAGUGGCUGCUGGAACAACGCACAAUACUGCUUUAACAGCUGAUGGUGCUCUUUUCUACUGGGUUUCAUCAGAUCCUGAUCUAAAAUGCCAGCAGAUAUUUUCAAUGUGUGGAAGGAAUAUUGUGAACAUCUCGGCUGGAAAGUACUGGACCGCUGUGGCUACAUCAACUGGUGAUGUUUUCAUGUGGGAUGCAAAGAAACGUAAGGACGAAACGCCAAUUUUCACUCGGGUGCAUGGUGUUAAGCGAGCAACAUUUGUUUGUGUUGGUGAAACGCACAUGCUUGUGCUCUCAAGUAUAUACCAUCCUGAGUAUCCACCCAAGCCUAAAAGCCAAGGCUUAAAAUCCAUGUUAGAAUGGAACGGUGGAACAGAAGAGCUGGGUGAAGAUAUCCUGUUUGAUGAUGUUCAGCCCAACAGUGGUUUAUCAGGAAGCAGUGGUGAAAUGAGCAAAGGUGUGCCUAGCUUGAAAAGCCUCUGUGAGAAGGUUGCAGUUGAGUAUUUAUUGGAGCCAAAAAACUCAAUACAGCUUCUUGAAAUUGCUGAUUCCUUGGAAGCUAAGGAGCUCAAGAAGCAUUGUGAGGAUUUAGCUAUUCGCAACCUCGAUUACAUUUUCACAGUGGGAGCUUCUUCAAUUAUGAAUGCUUCUUCUGAAAUUCUUGUGAACUUAGAGAAAUUGCUAGAUGAGAAAUCCUCAGAGCCUUGGAGUCAGCACCGUCUUCCCACAAUGACAGCUACCUAUCCUGCUGUCAUUGACAGUGAUGUAGAGGAAGAUGAAGCAAGAGAAUUCCCCAAGACCCGUAAAUGUGGGAAAUCUGCAUCAAGGCCAUCUGCGAUGUCUAGUGAUGACAGCUUCCUUCAGAAAGACUGCACCGCUGAACAAGCCGUCUCUAAGCAGAUCAGAGCACUUCGCAAGAAGCUGCAACAGAUUGAGAUUCUCGAGGCUAAACAACUUGCAGGUCAUCAGCUUGACAGUCAGCAGGUAGCGAAGCUCGAGUCUAGGGCUGCCCUUGAAGGUGAACUUGCUGAACUUGGCAUUCCCUCAGAGAUAUACUCAACUUCCUCUGCUUGUCCAGCAGAAGGUAGGACAAACAGAAAACCUGAGGUUUCUAAGAAACAGAAGAGAAAGAACAAGCAGUCAACACAGACCCCGUCAGUGAAAAAUGAGCCUGGGCAACAAAUCCCCAUUACGGAACUUCAAGUUCUACAAGUCAAUGUCUCUGCUGAAAAGCAGGAGGCGUAUGCCGCUGAUCCAAUUAAACCUAUGGAGGCUGCCGCGUUCAGCAACACAAAGGACACCGCUUCUCCACCGGAGAAGAAACCUUCCCAACCAACUCCAUCAAAGAAGAAGAACAGAAAAGGCGGCCUGUCGCUGUUCCUGAGCGGCGCUCUCGACGACACCCCAAAACCAAGCCUCCCUGCCCCCGCUGUGCCUGCCACACCGAAGCCCGAAGGACCCGCCUGGGGCGGCGUGAAGAUAACCAAGGGACCCGCUUCGCUUCGAGACAUCCAGACCGAGCAGAGCAGAACAAACGAGCCCGCGUCGGCCAAGGCGAAGGACCGCCACGAGAACUCGCCGGACAGCGCCGGCCGCGCGACAAGGCUCUCCUCGUUCAUCCCCGACGCGCGUUCCAGCCCAGUAGCCGUCGUGGCGCCUGCUCGCGCAGCGGCGGCGCCUUCUUCCGAAGGUGACAGGAGCACGCCGCCGUGGUCGUCCUCUGCCACCUCGCCCAACGUGUCGCAGCCUUCGCUCAGGGACAUACAACAGAUGCAGCAGAGGCACCAUGGCGGCGUCUCCCACAGCCCGAAAACCCAGACAUCGGGCUUCUGUAUACCGCCCCACGGCGGAGCGCCAGAGGCCGCUGGCGGUGGCGGCGUGAAGGACAACGUGCCCAACCGGUGGUUCAGGCCGGAGACCGACGCCCCGUCCUCCAUCCGCUCCAUCCAGAUCGAGGAGCAGGCUAUGAAGGACUUCAGGCGCUUCUACAGCAGCGUGAGGAUCGUCAAGCCGCAGGUCUAGUAGCACUGGCGGCGGCGGCGGUGGCGGCCUUGGCGGAGAGUGACUGAUGGCACAACAACCCCCUUUAGGCUCACCCUCCCAUUUGACACUGGCUCGUUGUACAUUCGAGUGUACAGUUGGUUCUGUUCGCCAUAGGUUCCUUGAGCUGAACAAUAAACAAACACCCUUUGCUGCUGUUGCUGCUGCUUUCGCAGUGAGUGGUCUCGUUUAGUUGUAACAGAAGAUUGUACAGGCCAUGUGAGAUCACCACCCCCCGGCUUUGGCUUAACAGUUUAACUUGAGCCAAUGCUUCUUUUUUUUUUUUUGGCGCCAAAAUGUCUUUGGUUGUUCCAAGCAGAGGUCAUAAAAACUGUGUGGUGCGUCUGCACCCAGGUACCCAACAUUUUUAGCUUCGAUCGGACAUGAUCUCACUUUGGGGCUGUAGCCUAGUGCUUCUA